AUGUAUAGAAGACCAAAUGCUCCAUUCAAGCCUCCACGGCCGCUAGAAGCUCAAGCAGAGGUAAAGAAGAAUGCGGAAGUGAAAGAGAGUGAUGGUUCGGAUCCCUCUGACAACUUAUUUGUGCCAGAGGAGUCGAAUAAGGACGAUUCUCAAUUGAGAAAGCGAGCCAAAGUUGCAUCGCUUACAAAAUUUCAAGCUCCGGCUAGAGCCCCAAAUUUCAAUAGAGUCUCAAAUUCCCAAAUACCCACAAAGUCUGAAGAUCUAACUUCUUCGGAAAAUGCUGAAAAUCAGGAAGGUUCUCAAACAUCCAAAUCAUUUUACUCUGUGCAAUGGAGGAAACGAUCAACCAAAAAGAAUAAGUCCUGGGAAGGUGAUGGAUAUAUUAUUGUAGGGGGCACUUCUAUUGUCUUGAAAGUUGAACAGAGCAAGGGCUUUAAGGUGGCAGGAAGAACGUCCAAAAUGAACCUCGAUGGGGUGAUUCUGCUUGGUAUGUACGAGGCCGAAGUUGACUGCCAACUCACAAGAGAAGAGGUGGAAAACCUACGAGGAGGGGCCCUACUGUCCCCAGUGAAGAAGGAGAAAGAGAACAUCGGUCCAGCUGAACCGAAAGCACCACCCAGUCUAGGUCAAAUGCGAAGAGCUCCAGGUCCAGCCAAGAUAAAGGCAGAUGCGAAGUCUGCAACAGCAGACGCCAACACAAGAAGUCUGUCCUUACCGGAGGAUGAUUUAUCUGAGGAUGCUUUUGUUCUUCCUAGUGGACCAAUUACAAAUUCCAAACCAGUAGUGGUGGAUCCAUGUCUCACAAGAGUACUUCGACCACACCAAAGAGAAGGCAUAUCAUUUUUGUAUGAGUGUGUGAUGGGGAUGAAGUCAGCGGAUUACAAUGGAGCACUUCUUGCAGAUGAAAUGGGAUUGGGUAAAACACUUAUGACCAUCUCAUUGAUUUGGACACUCUUGAAACAGAGCCCAUUUCCCGAGCAAUCAGGUGUCAUCAAGAAAGUAUUGAUUUGUUGUCCUGUGUCCAUUAUCGAUAACUGGAGGAAAGAAUUUAGAAAGUGGAUUGAUAUCAAUCGCGUAGGGAUUCUCACAGUCAACAACAAGCAGCAAACAGCUGCUAAAGAUAAGCAAGACAUUGUGAACUUUGGAAAAACACAUGUCUACCAGGUACUCAUAAUGAGCUAUGAGAAGGUCUUGUCAUGCACUGAAUCUCUUUCCAACGUUGACAUAGACUUUCUUGUGUGCGAUGAGGGUCACAGACUCAAGAGUGCCUCAAACAAAGUUCUCAAGGUCUUGACCGAUCUAGAAGUUCCCAAAAAGUUAGUUUUGACAGGCACUCCUAUCCAAAAUGACCUCAACGAGUUCUACAAUAUUGUAAACUUCAUUAAUCCAGGGAUUUUAGGCACUACACUGGAGUUUCAAAGGAAAUAUCUAAAGCCAAUUUUGAGAGCGAGAGAUGUCAAUUGCACCAGCAAAGAAGUUAUGGAAGAGGGGAGGGAAAUGUCCGCUAUGCUAAUUGAGUUGACUAAGUCAUUUACGCUCCGGAGAACAAAGUCCAUAAUCAACAAGUACUUGCCAUCAAAAACGGAUAUUAUCAUCUUUUGUCCUCCUACCAAACUUCAGAAUCAGCUUUUUGAUAUGGUCAUAAAUUCUUCACAGUUUGACUCUAUUAUGAACGCUGACACCCGCGAUGUAUUAUCCAUGAUACUUGUUCUUAGGAAGAUUUGCAAUUCCCCUUCCUUGGUUGCAUCCGACCUGCUUUUCGAGACCUUACAUUCCGAAUCGGGCCGUUUAUUGCCUUCACUCUCCAAUCGCACAACAGGAAGUAAAGUCAACGUUUUGGUGCCUUUACUUCUCGAAUUCCAGAAAGUAAAUGAAAAAGUUGUUCUUGUUUCCAAUUACACACAGAGUUUAGACUUUUUGGAGCUGGUAUUGCUGAAACUCAAUAUUCAAUAUUCUCGACUUGAUGGCUCCACACCUUCUAAAUUGCGGGAUAAGCUUGUCGUGGACUUCAACAAGUUUCCAACUUUCAAAGUGUUCUUACUCUCAGCCAAAGCAGGAGGUGUUGGCCUCAACCUUGUGGGAGCUUCCAGACUCGUUCUUUACGAUAACGACUGGAACCCACUGGUAGAUUUACAGGCCAUGGCCAGGAUACACCGAGAUGGACAAACAAAACCCGUAUUCAUCUACAGGCUCUUUACAACUGGCGCUAUUGAUGAGAAAAUCUUUCAGCGACAGCUCAUGAAGAAUAAUUUGAGCGAUAUGUUUCUAGAUGAUAAAUCUGAGUCGACUCUGAAUGUUUUCGAUUACGAGGACCUUAAAGAUUUGUUCACUAUCGCGGACACAAAUUGCAAUACUCAUGAUUUGUUGGAUUGUGGGUGCUUGGGAGUGGGCGAUGAUAUGUUAUUAUCACAAGAAGGGAAUUCAGAAGCUGAAGAGACAAUUGAGGACUUAGAGUUGCCUUCAUCAGGUUUCAUGAGUGCUUCCGAAUAUAAGGAUCUAGAUGGUUCAGACGCUGCAAAAAAGCAAUCAAUUCGUUCGGCACUUACUAGUUACAGACAUUUUGAUCCCAAAAUGUUCAAGGCUGACAUGGAUAUGGGUGACACAAUUCUUAGUACGCUUGUAUUGAACCCAAAAACAAAAGACCUGAUUAGCUACGUCUUGACUCAUGUAUCAUCAGAAUCAAGAGAUAGUUCAUAA